AUGGCCACAGUAUGGGUUGAUAAGGACAUGUAUGUCACACGUGGGCCUUACGAUGGGGACCACUACGAUAUUCGUGCUCCAGGUGUUAACAACGUCCGUGUGCAUCGUGAGCAGCUUAAGCUUGCUGUAGGCGGCUCUCCUGGUACAGCUAAAACUAUACGCGCACUUGUUACAUUGAAGGAGUUCAAGAACUCUUUUGAAUAG